AGUCCCCCAUGCAUCACCAAGCUGUGGUUCAGUUCCAUUUUGCCCACGAAGCGGAGCACGCGGCGCCACCAAGCACAUGGGGUGGGGGUGAUGGAGUCAGGGCUGCAUUACUGUUCUCAUUUCCCAACCUCUGACCCCUUCCCACAGUUCCCCCCUCCCCUCUUUGUGCCCCUAAAUGCCACCGGGGCGCGUCGUCCCAUCACCGCUGUCAUCUCAGCCAUAACCUCAGCUGCAGGAUGCGGCACAGGAAGGCUCCUCCUCGUCCCCAGCACCCCGUCCCACCCCAAAUCCCCCCCCUUGGAGCAUUCUGCAAGAGCUGAGAGCAACCUGAAGCUGUGCAGCUUUGCUCAGAGCCAUCCAAGCAUGCCCUACAGCUUGGCUGCUGCCGUUCUGCUGAUGCUGCUACCUGGAGCUGCUCUGGCACAGCUGCGGAUCCGGCAGAGCCCAGCACAGCUUUGGGUCCACCCUGGGCACACAGCAGAGCUGAACUGCAGCAUUGAUAGUGAUUGGAAAGAGGAUUGGCUCCGGGCUGUGAAUUGGUACCGGGAUCAGCCAGGCAGCAGCUUACAAUUCAUCUACCAGAGCUCAAAUUUCUCACGUUCAGAUGGAAAAUACUCCGGGAUGAGGAGAGCAGAGAGGUUAUUUUCCCUUCACAUCAGCUCUGUGCAAAAGGAGGACUCCGGCUUUUAUUACUGCGCUUCCACCAUUUCUCCCUAUGAGUUUGGGGACAGCACCAGGUUGGUGGUCACAGAUGCCAUAGAGCCCACUCUCUCCAUCCUGCUGCCCGUGGAUGCGGAUCUGCGUGAGCCACCCUUGGCUGCCAUCCCUCUGCUCUGCCACCUCUACGAUGUCCCCGAGGGAUGGGACAUCGUUGGCUGGCACCACAGCAAUGCCAACUUGGUGACGACCACCUCCAUGGAUGAACGUGGCAUCCUCAGUGCCUGGAGCCUCACCUGGCUCACAGCUGAGCAGUGGGACGGCAGCGUGGGAUGCACAGCCAUGCAGAAAAGCACAGGCAGAAGCAUCAGUGUGACCACCAGCCAACCCAGCAGCACAGCGCAGUGCCUGCAGUGGCUGCCGGCGGUUCUGCUGCCCUCAAUCCUCACCAUCACCAUCCAGCUGAUGCUGCAGCUCUGCAAAAAGCCCCACAUUGGGGGUCCUGGAGCCCCACAGCCCCCCAAGCAGCGCAGACCCCCUCUGCCAUCCCAUAGAGCUGCAGGACAGAGACAGGAGACCGAAUACGCAGCGGUGGCACUGAGAUCCCCUUCCCUACGUGUGCAAUGAGAAAAAAAAGCAAGAAAAGGGAGAUAACAGAGAAGGCUCAGGGCGAUGGGAGCCCGACAGGCAGCAGCUCUGGGGGUCUGCAGCUCUAUGGGAACCCUGCAAAAAAAAUUAAAAAAAAAAAAAAAAGAGGAUUUGGGGGAAAUCUCCACCGAGGGGAACUCAGGGCUGAGUUCCCCACUGUUGUUUCCUCACCGUUUGGGGAGAAAUUUCAGCAGAAAAAACGUGUUCCUCUUCUGGCACAACCAAAACGAACGAUGGGGGGUGACAGCACUGCCACCACGCAGACCUCUGGAAAAGCCCAUUUCAGGCUUUUCUCAGCCCAAAGUGAAAGUGCUUUGGAAAAGAACUGCCCUCCCCACACAAUGCCAUUGCCCAGCACACCCUGAGCAGCCCCAGACCCCCUUCAGCCCCAUAAGAUCCCUAUGGGGGUCUGCUAUGGGUGGCAAUGUGCUGCUUUCCCAGUCCAACCUUCAGCCCAUCCCCACCACCAACUCGUGCUACCCCAUAUGACAGCUAUUAAAUAGAAAUGCUAUUAAACAAGGAAAAGUCCUUUUAAACCUCA